UUACUAUUAAGCAAACCGAAAUUGUCGUCCAUUAUUGUGAUCAUUGGAUUUGAGUGUUUGAGUAUUCCUUGUUUUUUGGUGUUUAGUGUUAUUUGAAUUUAGGUAAUAAGUGUUUACACACCAUGACUUGGGGAUUUGUUACUUGCGGACCGAACGAGGCACUUGUCAUUUCAGGAUGUUGUUACAGCAAACCGCUAUUGGUGCCCGGAGGACGAGCUUUUGUAUGGCCUUCCAUACAAAAAAUUCAAAGGAUAUCCUUGAAUACGAUGACACUUAUUGUAGACAGUCCCACAGUAUACACAAGUCAAGGUGUCCCUAUAUCAGUAACAGGAAUUGCACAGGUAAAAAUACAAGGACAAAACGAAGAAAUGCUCCUGGCAGCCUGUGAACAGUUCUUAGGUAAAAAACAAGAAGAAAUUCAACACAUCGCUCUGCAUACCCUUGAAGGUCAUCAAAGAGCCAUAAUGGGAUCCAUGACAGUUGAAGAAAUAUAUAAAGAUCGCAAAAAAUUCAGCAAACAAGUAUUCGAAGUAGCAUCAUCCGAUUUAGUGAAUAUGGGAAUUACAGUAGUAUCAUAUACUUUGAAAGACAUACGAGACGAAGAGGGUUACCUUAAAAGUUUGGGUAUGGCUAGAACAGCGGAAGUAAAAAGAGAUGCCAGAAUCGGUGAAGCGGAAGCAAGAGCUGAAGCGCAAAUCAAAGAAGCUAUUGCCGAGGAACAAAGAAUGGCUUCAGUAUUUUUAAAUGAUACAGAAAUCGCUAAAGCCAAAAGAGAUUUCGAAUUGAAAAAAGCAGCAUACGACGUUGAAGUACAAACCAAAAACGCCGAAGCUGAAAUGGCUUACGAAUUGCAAGCUGCUAAAACUAAGCAAAGAAUUAAGGAAGAACAGAUGCAGAUUCAAGUAGUAGAAAGAACGCAACAGAUUGCAGUCCAAGAACAAGAAAUCGCUAGACGUGAACAAGAACUCGAAUCUACAGUUCGUAGACCAGCAGAAGCCGAAAAAUAUAGACUAGAGAGAAUCGCUGAGGCUAACCAUAAACGUGUACUUUUGGAAGCAGAAGCCGAAUCUGAAGCAAUGAGGCUUAAGGGUGAAGCUGAAGCUUUUGCCAUACAAGCGAAAGCUACCGCCGAGGCGGAACAGAUGGCUAAGAAAGCUGAAGCUUGGAAGGAAUAUAAAGAAGCUGCUAUGAUUGAUAUGUAUCUAGACGUAUUACCAAAGGUCGCUGCCGAAGUUGCUGCACCUCUUUCUCAAGCUAAGAAGAUCACGAUGGUUUCUACUGGUACAGGUGAAGUUGGUGCCGCAAAACUUACUGGUGAAAUUCUUGAUAUAGUGAACAAAGUACCUCUGCUUGUGAAGAACAUGACCGGUGUUGACAUUUCAAAGGUAAAUAUUUUGUAUUUUAUACAUAACGUUUGGAUAUGAGUGUUAUUUUUCAAAUAAAACCGCAUAAUAUUUGCAUUCUGUAAGCUAAUAAAAAAAUGUCAUCAAAAUGUUUUUCCCCUCUUGAAUAUUAAAUAACAUUCAAUGUAAAUUUAGUUACUUAGUGCUUCCACCAUGAUUGUUCUUUAAAAUAAAGCAUAUAAUGUGAAUAAUUUAGCUUGAAUCUCUUAUUUAAAUUACAUGCAAAUUGAAUAUUCUUAAACUUAAUCUAUAUAUCAACUAACAAAUUUCCUUUUUUUUCAGUCUGUCCAUGCUGCUUAAACUUCAAAAGAAGAAAGAUGUAACAAUUCACUAUGUCAAUGUUUUUGAAAACCAAUAAGAUUUCAAGUUCUUGUUAAACAAGCUAAACUUUGUAAUCCAUUUUAAACCUUAUACCUAUUUCAAAUAUUCGAAUGUUAUGAUGUUAUGUUAAUGUUAUUUUAGUUUUAUGUUUUUAUUAUAAAUAUCCAAAUUUGCUUUUACAGGAAUCAGAUCUUAUUAUGUUUUUAUUAUUAUGUAUUUUGCAUGAGAAAAUACUAGGUUUCUAUAUUUGAAAUUAAUAAACAACUCGAUAAGUCAUUUGACUAACUAAGAAAAAAAGAUUUUUUUGCCAAAACCCUUCCAACGCUUCUCUACCUUCUCGUUUUCGUGCUGAAGAAGAAUUUGUAUUUUGCUUCAAAAUAAGUCUCAGUUUCAGCAAUUACUUUUUCAAUUGAGGCGAAUUUCUCACCGGCUAGCGUGAGAGUGAAACUGAAAUAUUGGUAGAUAGUAUAUAAAAAAUGCAUUCUAGAAAAUGGUUUGAAGAAGGGAAAUAACACUUUGUGUAUAAAUGAAUAUUCAUAAUUUUUAUUAAUAAUAAACAAGUGAAUCUCUUCAAUUUAGUAACCAGCCUUAAUAUUUGUGAAUAUAUAUAAAAGUAUAAAUUUAGUUACCAUAAAUAAUAUAAAUAACUAGUAUUUUUUAAAUUGUUGCUUUGAUUGUGUUCCAUUAGAAGAAUCUGUUUCCCGUAUUUAAUCACAAUGUUUGUAGUGUGGAGCACUUGAAAUUUAGAAAACUAUUUUCAAUUGAAGACUCAAGACAAAGAAAUUCUGUCAAAAUUAAGAUUUCAACAACAUCCGUUCUAGGACAUCAGAACGUUUAUAUGUUUGAUCCUGUGGGAUAAUAUAAAUGUACUUUAUGUAUUGUUUAGAAUGUUUAUUUUGUUAAAGUAUAUGAUACAAAAAUUCAACAAGUAAAUUAAAAGUGCAUCUUCAACAGAAAGUUUAGGGCCGCAAUAGAGGACUUUGGGAUUUUUCAAGAUCUUGUAAAUUUAUUCAGUUUGCAUAACAGUAAUGAACCUGAUAUUUUACAUUCCCAUAGUGUCUAUUUAAAAGUUUGUUCGACACUAAACUUACUGAAUACACUGUUUUACACCACUACUUCACCAACACUCACAAUUACACUGUUUGACGCGCGUUUCGAUAAUCAAACUUCUUACUUCUUUUGUUUCACAAGUCCUCUUCAGUUUUAUUGGUACUACUGUGAUAAACUGCACAAGAAUAUAUUUUUUUCCUUACCGAAUGUAAUUAUUAAUAUGUCGUAUUUUAAAUCAUUUUUCCAAGCACUCAUACAAUAUUUAUACAUAACAUGGAUUGUUAAGUUGAUUUUUUUAUUACUUAGUUUUAUAGUUUUCUUUUAUUAGUUUAAACAUUCGCGAUGAGUAUCUCUACUCAUAGGCAUAACUACUAUGUGAAUCCGACAUUUUUUUUAUUUAGAUAUCUGGCAUCGCUAGUUGACACAAAAUAAACUAUUGCAUAAUGCACAUUGUCCAUCCAAAAUAGUCGUGUAAAUUGAACGCCUUCAUAGCCAGUAUUCCUCAAACAUGACUCUCGUUCACUAAUAUUAAAAAUUAAAAUAACUCCUGACAGAGUUAUAUAGGACCCAAAUCGUAUAAUAAAGUAUUUCGAUAGAUAGCUCCAAUUAACUCUAAAAAACUGACAACGUUUCUUUUUAACCUUCAGUUUUCAAUUGAUUGAAGAUAUUCGAAAAUAUAUAUGAAUGAAUUUAUAUAUUUGUAAACAAAUGCCUCUAUUUUUUCUAUAACCUAAUGUAUACUCUACAUGUGUAUUAAAUUUUAUUAAAUGUGAUUAUUAAAGCAUA